ACACACACAAAAUCUUCAACAAUAAGAAUCUUUAUAUCAUAAUUCGAGUGAACAAAAAUGUGUUACAAAAAGAUUCUUCCUCUUAUUAUUCCACCGGAGAGCUUCAAUGAAAACAUGCCGGCGGCAGAAGUGACUGUGGCAACGGAGGUGGUAGCCACCGCUAGUCACCGUGACGGUGACGGUGGAAAGAAGAAGUGUGUGUGUUCACCGUCGACGCAUCCUAGAUCGUUCAAGUGUAGGUAUCAUCAUCAUGAAUAUCAAUGGCUUCCUUCUUCAUCUCAUCCCUCCAAAAAUAACACAUCAUCUUGUAAUCAACAGCUAUAGUUUUAUGUUCAUGGUUAUUUAAAUCAAACUAUAAUCGUAAAUGUUCUGUUUCUUUAUAAAGUAGAUCCUUCGAAUCAUUAUAAGACCAUGUUUUUUUAUCACAAAGGUUUCCAAGCCGACAGCAAUCAAUGUUAAAAUAAUGAGUGGUUACUGGUAACAAUGGUUCCUGUAUAUUUGUUUUAUCUCUUAGUUACAAAAUAAAAUAAAAAUUGAGGUUACGUGACG